UACUAUUAUUAUUGUAUAUGUAUAGGCUUCUAUUUAUACUAUCAUUAUUGUAUAUGUAUAAGCUUCUAUUUACACUAUUAUUAUUGUAUAUGUAUAGGCUUCUAUUUAUACUAUUAUUAUUGUAUUUGUAUAAGCUUCUAUUUAUACUAUUAUUAUUGUAUAUGUAUAGGCUUCUAUUUAUACUAUUAUUAUUGUAUAUGUGUAAGCUUCUAUUUAUACUAUUAUUAUUGUAUAUGUAUAAGCUUCUAUUUAUACUAUUAUUAU